AUGACUAAUAUUGAAAGUGAUGAGUUCAGUAUAAUUACCGAAGGGAAAGCUAGUAUAUUAUUUCCAAAAGAUAAUGCGGUAUUUUAUAAUAAUGUACAACAAUUUAAUAGGGAUAUGUCAGUCGCUGCAAUAAGAACUUGGAGUGAAAUUUAUUUAGAAGAAAAAGAAAAAAAAGCACGUAAAAAACAUGAAACUGGCACAUCAAUAGCAAAGUCAAAGGCUAAUUCAUUUACCAUAUUAGAGGCCUUGGCAGCAAGUGGCUUGAGAUCGAUUCGCUAUGCUAGGGAAAUACCCAACAUCGAUUAUAUAGUGGCCAAUGAUUUUGAUGUUGAUGCUGUUGAUUCAAUUAAUAGGAAUGUGGAAUAUAAUGAAUUGAGUAAAGAAUUAGUCAGAGCAAAUCAAGGUGAUGCAUGUUCCUUUAUGUAUCAGCAUCGAGAAUAUCAUAAUAGAUUUGAUGUUGUCGAUAUUGAUCCAUAUGGAACAGCCGCACCAUUUCUAGAUGCGGCGGUACAGUCUGUACAAAAUGGAGGCCUGCUUUGCAUCACUUGCACCGAUUUGGCUGUUCUAACCGGUUCAACUUAUCCCGAAAAAUGUUAUGCAAAUUAUGGAUCGAUACCCGUUAAAGGAGAAUUUUGUCAUGAAAUGGCUUUAAGAAUCCUUCUUUAUACUUUAUCGACAUGUGCAGCGAGAUAUCAAAGACAAAUAAUUCCUUUGGUGUCAUGUAGUAUAGAUUUUUAUAUUAGAGUAUUUGUUCGUGUUGUAAUCUCAGCUGUUGAAGUAAAGAAAAAUUGCUGUAAAGCAUCACAUGUAUACGUGUGUUCAGGCUGUAAAUCAUUUUAUUUACAGCCAUUAGCUAAGAUGACAGAAAAAAAGUUUGUCCCGAUGGUUGGACCUAUUGUUACUAGCAAUUGUAUACAUUGUGAAAAUAAAUUUCAUGUUGGAGGUCCUAUAUGGAACUCUUCCAUGCAUGAUAAAGAAUUUGUUCAAAGAAUGCUUACGCAUGUAAAAAAUUCAAAUACAGACGUGUAUGGCACUCAUGCACGUAUGUUAGGAAUGUUAACAGUAAUUUCAGAGGAAAUUGAUGUUCCACUCUUUCAUAGUAUUUCAAUGCUUUCAAGUAAACUGAAUUGUAUAAAUCCAUCAUUGAAACUAUUUUGUUCAGCACUGUUGAAUAAAGGAUAUCAAGUAUCAGCAUCGCAUGUAAUGGCAGGAUCAGUAAAAACUGAUGCUCCAAUAGAUGUAGUUUGGGACGUAAUGAGAUCAUGGGUAAAACUUCAUCCUGUUACAAUGAAGAAUAUUGCAGAGAAUUCUCCCGCAAGAAAGUUAUUAGCAGUCGAACCAAGUUUUAUUGCAGAUUUUAAAAUACAUGAAGAUGCGGAACCUCCUUCAAGAAAAGUUAAGUUGGUAAGAUUUCAACAAAAUCCUGAAAAGAAUUGGGGUCCUAAACCUAGAGCUUCUGGAAAACGUAAAUUAGAAGUUGAUGAUUCAGAACAUCGAUCUGCCAAAAAACCUGGAUGA